CUUCUCCCUUCAAAUCAUCUUCUUCAUCCUCCUGCGUUUCCCUAUCUCCUUUCGCGCUUCCUUUGCUUGGCCCCCCUCCGCCGCGCCACGGCCGCCGCUCGCCGUUAUACCGGCGUGGUUCGCCGGAUUCCUGGGGUCACGUAACGUCCCCGCUGUGGAUCUUAUCCUUUUGUUCUUCUUUUACCGUUUUGCCCCUCACCUCUUUUUUUUUUCCUUUUAAUCUGAUCCCUCUCCGGCCUUCUUUUUGUUCGCUUGCGGAUUCGAUGCCAUCUUGCUGACGUGGCGAAACUGAAAUCAUGUCGACUCACGUGCGGGCGGGAGAGGCAGCAGCUGGCGCGUUGAGGAAGCGGAAGGAUCGGGAACCGUCCGACUCCCCUCGGGCGCGGUCCCCCGCUGGGCCGGAUCCGGUUCAGCCCGCGCUGGCCCGCGACAACCGGCUCUUGGCCGGGUGCCUGGCGCACGAGUUCCUCACCAAAGGAACCCUCUUCGGGAAACGGUGGGAGCCGAACGGGUCCGAGCCGGAUAACAAGACGGCUAACGAUGUCCGCCCUGGUUCAGCGGAUAGCGACCCGGACAAGGAGAGGGCGAACCCGGUUCGAUCGGGGAGCACGACCGCGGAGCCAGCGCGGUCCAAGCCGCCCAUCGCGUACGCGGAGGUGUCGUACCUGCUUAAGGCGGACGGGGCCCGCAUUCCGGGCGUGGUCAACCCCACCCAACUCGCCCGCUGGCUCCAGAUGUAAGGUGGUGUGACCCGCGUGGCAGCGCACGCAGCUGUUGCUCACUGCAUGCAUGAGGCUGGAAGAGUCGGUGAGUGAUGCUGGAGGUGAUGAAUCUGAUCACAAAAAGGAAGGCGUGCAAAUGAUUCUUCUUCUGCAUGUGUUUUCUCCUUUCAAUUUUUAGCCUCAUGGAUGUUUUCCGAGUCAACAGUAAGGAUUUGGCGUUGUUUUUUGCUUUAGGUUCUUCUCGUUGAGCUGCUGUUCUCUGCUGAAAGAUGUGUUCUUGAGUGACACUGAAUGAAUACGAGUUUGCAAGCCAAACACAAGUCUCAUAUUA